CCUCUGCGUCGAUACCCUUUAGCAGCAAACACAGGUAAAAAUCCGGCUCUCUAACCGGUCUCUGUGACUUUUUUUUCUUUCCCGAAAACUGCAGUCAUUUGCCAAAGAAUUCAGAUUCGAACUUUGCCCCGCCCACAGAUCGGAAACCCCACCAUGGCGGACCUGACCCCUCAGGAGAAGAUUGCCCUCAUUGGGGAGAAUCUCCAGGAAAUUAUGAAGCCGGAGAUUAUCGAGGAUGUGAUUGUCAAGCAGAAUCGGCCUCUGGUCCUCUACUGGGGUACCGCAACAACUGGGCGACCGCACUGUGGCUACUUUGUGCCCAUGGUGAAACUGGCACAAUUUCUGCGUGCUGGUUGUAGGAUCAAGAUCCUUCUCGCCGACAUUCACGCCUUCCUGGACAACCUGAAGGCGCCGAUUGAGCUAGUCAACUACCGCGCCGAAUACUACAAGCAGGUCAUUGUGGCUUUGCUGACGGCUCUCAACGUGCCGAUUGACCGACUCGAGUUCGUCCUGGGAAGCAGCUACCAGCUUACUCCCGAAUACACAAUGGACCUGUUCCGACUCAGCUCCGUGGUCUCAGAGCACGACUCGAAGAAGGCUGGUGCUGAGGUCGUAAAGCAAUCCGAAAAUGCCCCGCUCAGUGGUCUCAUCUACCCGCUCAUGCAGGCCCUCGAUGAGGAGCACCUUAAGGUGGAUGCGCAGUUUGGCGGUGCCGAUCAGCGGAAGAUCUUCGCUCUUGCGGCCGAAACUCUUAGCAAACUGGGCUUCAAGGAGCGCGCGCAUCUCAUGAACCCCAUGGUGCCCGGUCUCGCGGGUGGCAAAAUGUCAGCGUCCGACCCUGACUCCAAGAUUGAUAUUCUUGACGCACCAGAGGCUAUCAAGAAGAAGCUGAAAAAGGCGUACGCCGCACCCAAGGAAGUCGAGGGCAACGGCGUCAUUUCGUUUGUCGAAUAUGUCCUGCUUCCCGUGAGCGCGCUCAAGACCGGCGAGCCCAAGUUUGUCGUCGAGCGUCGCGAGGGCGAGCCGCUUGUCUAUUCCAACAUUGAAGAGCUGAAGAAGGAUUACAUUGCCGAUAUUCUCACUCCCCAGCUCCUCAAGGCUGCCGUCACCGCUGCUCUCACCACCCUCCUCGAACCCAUUCAGAAACAAUACCAGGCCUCGCAAGCCUUCCAGGAAAUUGAAAAGAAGGCCUACCCGCCACCAGCGGCCCCGCAGAAGAAACAGAAGAAGCCCAAGGACAAGGGAACCAGACAUCCUGGCGCAGCCGCAGCCGCCAACGGCGCGCCGGUCCAAGCUCAACCUGACGGUUCGCUCAAGGGCGACAAGGCAACCGAGUUGAGCGUAGGCAAGAGCGCCGAGGAGGCCAUGGAGAAGCUGGAUCUUGCGCAGAAAGAGGUCCAGCAGUCAUGAUCAGUAUAUACAGUAAAAGGAGAUGAGCCAUGAAAGCAAACAAAAGAAACUUCCAAAGAUGUGGCCACUGGGACAGUAUGUAAAGGGCCAAAGUAGGAGAGAAGAACUAAAUAUGCAAAAUUCUUUUGCAAAUUUGACUCCAUCGAGGGGCAUUUUACACUGCUUCGACCAUUCCUCGAUCCAUCUCAAGCGUUCCGUCAAUUAUUAUGACAGCUCCCAUUUAUUUUUGUGGCGGACCAUCUGUCUCCCUGCAUUUCUUUUCUCUAGCUGAUAGAUUUCCCCUUUUUAUAUAAAAGCAUCUAAAAUACGUUAGGUAAAUAUCACGUGUC